CUUGGAGGGCUUUUUUUUUUCUUCCCCUACCCCCCUCCUCUCCUGUCCGCCAAAUACAAGCCAUGGAAGUUUCCUUGCUUUUCUGCGCUGGCGGAUUGCAAAGCCAUGCCUCUUCUUAAGGCUCUUCUUCUUCCUUGAAAACCCAGCAAACCUGCUCUGCACUACACAGAGAAUGUCCUGACAAAUGUGCAGGUUUCUCCUGAAAUGAAGAACAUUUGCAAGACUCCAUGAACUCUUAAUUCCAGUGACACAUCUAGAGUUUGAUAGAAAUGGCCCGGGAUGCCAGAUCUUCACGAUUAAUUAAAAAAGAGGAGAUAAGCAAAAAGAAGCUGAGUCCUGUUAAAAAGAAAUCUUGCCAAGGAACAAAAGAUGCCAAAAAAGAGUCCUCAAAGAAAGAGUGUCCUACAAGCUGUAGAAAAUCAAUCGAAAACCAAAAUGGUGGCAAGAAAAAAUCCCAAAGAUGUAAAUCUCCAUUAAGUUCGCCAUGCCGAUUUCUCCGGAGCAGCGUAACCAAAGCCUUUUCUGGAACAUCUUGGAUGAACCUGGAAUUAACUGAUAAUGUUCUCUUCCACAAUCAGCCUCCUUUGAGCUACGGUGGGUUUUCCAUGACUCUCCGCAGGAAACCGUUUUCCCAUAGGCUGUUUCAAGCAUCGACAAUCACAAAAGCUAAGAAGAGCGGCCCAAGAAAAAGACAGCAAGUCAGAUCAGGAAUUUCCUCUGCACUAGAAAGGAAAGAAGUUGAACAGACUACAAGAGCCUUUGCACGAGAUUUAAACUUGAAUAGCGAAUUGCCUUCUCCCAAAGGAGACAAGGCCCCAUGUUCUCAGGAAACAGGCUGGUCCUCUGUAGAUGAUAAUCAAGCCAAAAAGAGAGGGAUAAUGCACCCCUCGAAAAUUUCUGUUUCUAAUAAUGGUGUGAUGGAUACUUGUAAUUCAGGAAUACUAGAAGAAGAACACAGAUGUGAAGAAUUUGUUUCCAGUGAGCAGGCCCUGGAAGAUUUGUUUACUAAUACCUCAAAUGAAAUUUUGUCUGAGCCUCUUCUCCAUCAAUUACACCUUGACUUUGACACUACUUUAAGGGUACAGGAAGAUGAAUUGGGGACACCUGUAGAACCAUAUGCAAAGAGUAACCUGAAUUUACUUCCUGUCCCCCCAGAACAUUUAUGUUCACAUUCCUUUUCCAUGUUGAGCCUUUCCUCAGAACAAGACCUGGCGUUGCCUAAUAAAAGUCCGGAGACUUCUCUGGAAUCUCAUUCCAAAACUGAACAUGAUACGGUGCUACAUCCCUGUGUAUCUGAUGCUGCCAUUUUGAUUACCUCUGAACUGAUCUCAAAAUUGCACCUGGAUGACCCGUCUGCACUGCCAGAACCCCUGAACAAACCAGAUGCUGAGCCUCUGAUUGCAGAAGAGAAGUGUUUGCAGGGUGCCUCUGGACCAGAAGGUUGCUUCAAAGAACCAGGCCUUGGAGGAGAACCCCCUACACCAGAAGAUCUGGCGCUGGUGCCAAGCAGCCAAACACUUGAUUCUUCUUCUUCCCACUAUAGCUGUGAGCCACCAAACGAGCAGUCAGUCUGUGAACAGAUUUCUAGCAUUUCUUUGAGUAAUUUCGUCUUGGAUGACCUUGAACGGACGCUUGAAAGGAUCGCUGCAGAAGCAUUUGGUUUCGAUCCAGCCUCUGCACCCUGUAAUCCAGAAAGAAACACCACUAGUCCAGUCAGCAGGGAAGCGUCUGAAAGAAGUUUCUCACAGUCCCCUAAUGCAAGGCUGCCCUUGGCUACAGGAGAGGGGGAAGAGCCAAGGACAGCGCCACCUAACAAGUACGUUCCGAGGCACCCGGAUCCCUUGCUACAGCUGGGAAGAGAUGGAAAAAUCACCAACUGUCCCCAGGAUCCCAAGAAAUGUGACACCAACACAGCGGUGGCAUCCGAGCCCUCCCCUUUUGAAUCUCCAACUGGUGGGUGCCUCGCCUCUUUGCAACCUGUGCUGGAAAAGAAAAAAAGAAGGCGCUGUGGAGUUUGUGAACCUUGUCUGCGGAAAACUAACUGUGAAGAGUGUAGCUGCUGUAGGAAACGCAAGACUAGCCACCGGAUAUGUAAAAAGAGAAAAUGUGAAGAACUGAAGAAGCCCCCACCGUCCAUUCCACCUUCAAAGCAGCCUGCAGAGGUGCUAACUGAAAACAAAAGGCCUCAGAGAAGGAAGCGAAGAGUUCCAAAGGGAGAUCUGAAAAGCAAACUAGUAAAUGGCUGCAGAGCAGAGCUUCUGGAAUAUGUUGCAUAUGGCCAUGGUGAAAAAUACAAGUUGAAAGCAAACUACUCACUGCCCUGGGAAGAUGUGCAGACACAUGAAAAAGGAAGUAUGGCCGGCUUAGAAACAGAGAAGUGGGUGCCGAAUGAAAAUCCAUCACUUAAUAUCCAUGUGAAUGGAGAUGUCUGUAACGCUGAAACCAGGGAUGAGAACUUAACACAUUUUGAAAAGGACGCAAAACUGGUUUAUUCUUCCAGCAUAAUAGAUGAGGCCCCCAAGUUAUUUGCACAUACAGCUAGAAAUGGCAUUAAAAUCUUACCGCAUUCACCAGCAGAAUGUGACACAUCAUUGAAAUCAGAUGUGAGCACACUGAAAAAAGCAGAUGUGAAUACUACUGCAAAGCUGGCCAACAGCUGCAAUCACAGUAACUCCAGUGCCUCCUGGAGUGAAGCGGCUCAGCUGAACAGCAUCUACCCUUUGGCAACUGGAACAUAUGGUGCUAUUCCAGAAAAGAAGGACUGCGUUGUAAGCCACCAGACAGAAAACCCAAAUGCCAUUCAGGAAGCCGAAAACUCGCUAUUGCAAACCAUUUCACUUUUACACUUGCAGGACAAGCCACCCUGUACUCCAGUGCUUGAAAAGGGUGCUUGUCUUGAUGAUGGUGCUUCAGAUAUUCCUAGUAAGGAUUCCCAACCUGAAGAUUUGCAACUUCAGUCAACUUUUUUAUCUCUGAUUAAAAAUAGAAAUUUAACUGUGGAACAGGUGGUAGCUAUUGAGGCAUUAACGCGUUUGUCAGAGGCCCCUUUAGGCCAUUCUUCACCAGCUAAACCAGAAGGUGUAGAGCAGCAAACGUCGCAUUUGCUGAACAGUUACAAAAAGGAUAGCCCAUGUCCCUUAAAAUCAUCUGCACUGAAAGUAAUAAAAGGGACUUGCCCACAAAAGGACCCGCAGCUUUUUCCUCAUCCUGCCUCACAGAGGAGAAUCCACCCUAAGGGUCUGUUCCACAAGGCUCAAGGUGCUAUUUCUGAGUUCCCCGGUAAAUCUUCAGGUCCCUCUAACUUACUGCGUAGGUUGCAUUGCACCUCAAAAGACACCAGACCUUUCUCUGCUUUAGUGUCUGGUGGAAAUUCAGGUAUUGCUACCAAGAAAUGCCCUCUUCAUCAUAAAACUUCUCUCGGGCCAUGUUCCAAAAACUCAAGUACCGUCAGACAGUGGUGGAACAGAGGAGAGACGCUUGGCAAAUGGGAAGGAAAGGCUGUUCACAACCUGAAUUUAAAAAGCAGUUCUGUAUUUAAGGGUGGGGUUCACAGCCAAGAUGAAGAAGAGGUAGCCACCCAGUUAACUCAACUCGCAGCAAUAAUUGAAUCAAGCAGAACCAGCCCCAAUCCGAAGACAACGACAACCCUUCUCGGUCGAUUACCACCUGAUAUGCAAUCCAAAAAUAAGCAGGAUCAGUGCCUAUUACAGAAGAAACAAUCGGUAUUUGGGAGAAACAAUUACAGCUCCUUGUUAGUCAAGCAAAGGCAGCCCCCUCGGAAGAAUGAGAAAUCGGUGCCGAGGGCCAAAAGAUUGAAGAAGAAACCUCAAGUAGCACUAGACCAACCAAGUCAGCUACAACAAGAAUGCCAGUACAGUGAAUUGCAGGACAUACAGAAAAAACCUUCCAAACUGCGCAGGCUUGGGCGCAUUGUGUCACAAGAUGCAAAGCUGUCAGCCUUGGGGAAAAAAUCUUCCAAAACCAAAGGACAGAAGGCGCGGAAUCGGAGUGCUUUGUCAUCCCAGCAAAAACCAGCGGUAUUAUUUCUUCCCAAAACUCAGAUAAUAUUCCAUCGGCCUUUACCGGCUUCAAUACAAGGCAAAAUAAGAAACAAGCCAUUAGGCUGUGAAAUGGUGCCAGAGCCCCUCAAAACAACCUGCUUUAGCGAUGCACAAGGCGCCAGCAGCCAGAGUGGGGUCACAGGGGCUCUUCAACAUGGAGCCCCGCUUUCUAGUAAUCUGCUGACUGUUCCUCAGUUAAAAACAGACUUUUGCAUAAAACAAGCAAGUGAAAACGGGCAGAUGUUUACAGAAAAAGGCAAGAAUUCUCAGGUACAACAAACCAUGAAUAUCCCUCAGCUGCAUCCUUUUCCUCAGAUCUUCAGUCAGAGAGCUGAUGGUGACAUCUGCGAGGAAAGCCAAGCUAAACCACAGGACACUGUGGAACAAAAGGAUCAAAAUCUGCAACUGCUCUCUCGUAACGGUGGCGAUGGCUUGCCAGGGGAUACCAUGCACACUCUUAGAAAUGUGGAGCAUGUAAGUGAAGCUACAUUUCCAACAUUAAGAACUUUAGAGACUGAAAAGCAACAGGGUACUGGGAACUUAAGGUGUUCUCCAACAAAGAAUACACUCAGUAGUUUUCUUGAAUCUCCCAUGACAUUCUUAGAUACCCCUACAAAGAAUUUAAUUGAUACACCUUCAAAGAAAGGACAGAGUAAUUUUCCAACCUGUGACUGUGUGGAACAAAUUAUAGAGAAGGAUGAAGGUCCAUAUUAUACACACCUUGGAACGGGCCCGAAUAUUGCUGCAGUCAGAGAAAUAAUGGAGGACAGGUAUGGAGCAAAAGGAAGUGCCGUAAGAAUAGAGGUAGUGGUGUAUACAGGCAGAGAAGGAAAAAGUUCCCAGGGGUGUCCAAUUGCCAAGUGGGUGAUACGGAGAAGUAGUGAUGAAGAAAAAUUGCUGUGCUUAGUUCGUCAGCGUGCAGGACAUCACUGCCAGACUGCUGUGAUUGUGAUACUUAUUUUGGCUUGGGAAGGGAUUCCUCAUCUUCUUGCUGACACGUUGUACAAGGAACUGACCCACAGUCUCAGAAAAUAUGGCUGUCCAACUAGCCGUAGAUGUGCAUUAAAUGAAGAUCGUACUUGUGCCUGUCAAGGUCUCGAUCCAGAGACAUGUGGGGCAUCCUUUUCAUUUGGCUGUUCUUGGAGCAUGUAUUACAAUGGCUGUAAGUUUGCCAGAAGCAAAAUCCCCAGAAAAUUUAGACUUCUCACAGAUGAUCACGCCCAAGAAGAAAAUCUGGAAAACAAUUUGCAGACUUUAGCUACUGAUGUGGCUCCAUUAUAUCAAAAACUUGCCCCUGAUGCUUUCUACAACCAGGUGGAGAAUGAGCAUCUGGGGCCUGACUGUCGUCUUGGGAGCAAGAAAGGCCGGCCUUUCUCUGGUGUGACAGCUUGCAUUGAUUUCUGUGCCCAUGCACACAAGGAUACUCACAACAUGCACAACGGAAGUACUGUGGUUUGUACUUUAACAAAAGAAGACAACCGUACAGUAGGUGUGAUACCAAAUGAUGAGCAGCUUCAUGUGUUGCCUCUUUACAAAAUAUCACAAACAGAUGAAUUUGGCACAGAAGAGGGGCUGGAAGCCAAGAUUAAAACGGGGGCCAUCCAGGUGCUAACUGCUUUCCCCCGAGAAGUGAGGAUGUUAGCUGAGCCACGUAGGGCAACCAAGAAAAAACCGGACGCAAAAAAGCAAAGUUUAGCUGAAAAAAAGCAUUCUGCGCCUGUAAGGGGAAAAAAUGGACUGCCAGAAAAUACUAAGAGAGCACCACAAAGUUCAGGGGGCAAAAUGAAUAUAGUCCAACCUGAGACAAAAAUGGAGACAGCUGAAUACUUUUCUAGCAUAAAACCUAAUUUAGGCAUUGCUACCGAUUGCUCUCUGUUGAAGCAACAUGCUCCAUCCUCUCCUUUAAAACUGGAUAGUUUAUCCUCUAGCUCUCAAUUAAGUGGUGGUCUAAUGCCAGUAACUAAUAGCCAAGAAGAUGUUUCUACUCCCUACGGGUAUUUACAAUGCAGUAGUAAUAAACCUCAUGUGACAUCCAAAGGUGGUAAUAACGUUGACAUGUCCUCUCAUGAUUAUACUGGAAUUGUGAUGGAUGAGAAGAGAAAUGGUGUGCCCCUGCUUCUUCAAGACCUGACUACGUCCAGGCCCACAGUCAACAGAGAGAAUCUGCCCUUGACCACUGAACACAAACUAGCUAACAAGCAAAAUUGUGAAGUUAACUUAAAGUCCUCUUCUGCCUCCCAGGUAGCUAGCUCUUGUGAGUCAGUGUUGCAACUGGACAACAUUGAAGAAGAUAUCUCUAGUAAUGGUUCUUCCCAAGAGCACCCAAUGCAAAAGAGUGGAUUACGGCAAAGCCCAGGUUGUGUAGAAAACGGCUCCAAUGGCCAGCUCUUAAAACACGCAGAUUCUGAAGAAAAAGCAGAAGAAAUGUGGUCUGAUAGCGAGCAUAACUUUUUGGAUAAUGACAUUGGUGGGGUAGCUGUAGCGCCAUCCCACGGUUCCAUCUUGAUUGAAUGUGCACGGCGCGAACUGCAUGCCACCACACCUCUUAAAAAGCCCAACAGGAAUCAUCCCACGCGGAUCUCUUUAGUCUUUUACCAACACAAAAACUUAAAUGAGCCAAAACAUGGGAUAGCCCUGUGGGAGGCCAAAAUGGCAGAGAGAGCAAAAGAGAAAGAAGCUAGAAAAUCAGGAACUGAAACCACCGGUCUGCCAGCUACUGACAGGAAUGCAAAUCAGACCAAUGCAACCCAAGAGAUUUUCUACAAAGAAAAUGAAUUCAACCAAAUUCCAUCUCGCAGAGCAUUAACAGUAACUCAUGAUAAUAUUCUAACAGUGUCUACUUAUGCCCUCACGCGAGUUGCAGGGCCCUACAACCAUUGGGCAUAAGCUCUUAUAGCAACAACACAACUAUUGCCUUGGAGCAGUGUUACACAAUCCUAAAAGGUGCUGUUAAAGAACAAAGUCUCAUAUGGUUUACUCUUUGUUCAUCUCAACCAUUUUGAAGGCUGAGGUAAAAAUUAUUUUGUUUUUAAACUGUGACUUUAUAUAUUUUAACAUCUGGUGAUUCUCAAGUGUGUAUAUAAAUGUGCAUUCACAUGCAUGCACACGUGUGCACACAACAUUUAAGAAAAAUUGGCUAGGUUAUUAACUGAUUGAAUUACUUGGUUUAUUACCUUUUUUGGAAUUUAUACUUUGGUGCUUUGAAUCGUCUAUUUAUUAUAAAUGGGCUUUUCAUAAAGAUUUUAACUGAUUUCAUCUUUUAUUAUGUAAAAUCAAGUUAGACAGUAUUAGCUAUACACAGAUCUUGGUGCUUAAUCAUAUUGAACAGUUAAAAAUAAGCUGAUUUUAUUUCUUCAUGGUGCCAUUGCUCUUACAGCUUCCAAUCACUUGCUGUGAAUCCCAGCUUACGGAGAAAGAACCAAUGAUGAUUUAUUUGUAUAUAGAUUUUUCUCAUGUAUGUAUAGUUUGUGUGUGCAUGUGUGUAUGAUCCACAUGCAUUCACAUGCAAAUAAAUAUCACUAGUAAUGAUUGGAGGUUAUUAAUGUAAAUACAUAUAAAUAUAUAUAUUUAAAAGCACUUUCUAUUUUUAAAGUUAACUUGAAAUAGUAUAAGGAUCACAUUUGUCUAAGGUUUGUGCAUUCUCUACCAAGGAAUUUAUUUUUUCGUACUAUAUAAAGUUCCAUAUUGCUACAUCAAUUCAUAGAUAUUGAAAAUACUUGGGUUUUAGGUUCUUCCUUUUUCUUUUUUCCAUUGCUUUUGUUACUAAAUAAAAAAAGGUGAUAAAGUCCAGAAAUUCACUAUUUGCAAAUAUAAAUUAAGUCACUUAUCUAUACUUGUAUUUCUAGGGUCUUUUUUAAAGAAGAAUUUAUAAUUUGAGCAAUAAGGGCAAAUGUUAUCUCAUGGGGGGCAUUCCAAGUUUUAUGGGACAAUACAAUCGAGCAUCAUCCGUGGUGUAGUUCCAUGCAUCUUGAAGUCACCCUAUUAGGAUUAUUCUUUUUCUGGGGCCUCAAUGCGUAAAUUGCAAUGCCUUGUUAACAGGUUGGAUUUUAAGGGAUCUGCCCUAUCAGCAGUGUAGGAAUACAUCUGAAUUUAUUAUGCAUCCAAAAUGUUCUUCAGUGGUGAAAUGGCCAUCAGCCUGAUCUAGGCAGGUUUACUUGAAGCCCAAUCCCAUUGUAUUCAGUGGGCUUUCUGCCAGUGAACAUCUGAUUAGUAUAUGCAGUUUUUUUUUUCCUCUCCUUCACCUCUGAAAGACACACUGAGAUAUCCAAGUGAUUCAUUCUACAAUGUGCAUAGUUCCACAUCUCACUUGGUAUCUCCAGCCAGGAAAUAAGGUCUGUAAUGGGGCAGCGAUCUAUGUUGGAGACCCAUCCAGAGUACAGUAUCCGGCCUCUUGUUGUAACAAUAUGCCAUUUCCAUUUUGCAUCAUACUCUUUUCUGAAUGGUAACUAACCCAGGCAGCAUUACAGGGUCAGAGUUUGCAAGUGUUUCCAACCUGGGAACCCUGUUCAUUGUUCCAGCUUACACUUUCAUGUGCCCAGAGUUUGUUAGUUGAAAGUGCAAUGGCUGGAUUGAUCAACUCAAGUUUUUGUUUCAGUCAACAACCAGGGAAAGCAACUGCAAAGAUAUAAUCAAUCUAAAUAAGGAUUUGGCUGAAGAGAUUGAAUUGUGCAAGGCAAAGUUCCAUUUUGUAGGUGGAACUUAACUAGAUUGAAGUUCCCAGUUCAAUACUAAAGGCAGAAUGAUGUCUUCCAGCAGACCUGAAAGCUGCCAACUAGCUUAACCAAUAUAACGUCGGCUCUAUGUAGGUUACCUACGGCUGGGGUUUCCUAACAUCUUGCUGCCACUUCUCGUUUCUUAGCAUCUGUUAUUUGGAGCGGCCACAUCUUUUGUUUAACAGAAGUAGCAUUAAAUGAGCCAAUACUCGCAGAGCUUUAAUAUUAAAUACUGAAAAACUCAAAUGUACACGGCAGCAUCUGUGUGAUAAAAACUGCUUUUGUCAGUUCUGAUGAGAAGCAGGACUAUUAAAAUAUAGCUCAGGACUUUGGGCAGCUAGAAUCAGGAGAAUUUGGUAUAUUUGGAAUAAAGAAAAGGGAAGAAGAAAUUUAAGUAACAAAGAUCAUAAUUUAGACAACUGGAUGCCAGGGAUUUUAUCAGUCUUAAUUAUUUCCAUGGUCUAAAUCAGGGGUCUCCAACCUUGGCAACUUUAAGAUUUAUGGAGGUCAACUCCCAGAGUUCCUCAGCCAGCAAAGCUGGUCUAAAUUACUAAAUUAUUGAAGCUAAACCAAUGAGUUUGACCAGUCCCAAUUUGAGUAGAGCUGUGCGUGUACAGGAACAUUUGAUUCCAAAUAAUAAAUUAAUUAAAUCACCUUGCAUCCAUUUGUCCCAAUGACAUCAUCUUAAUUUUAAAAAUUAUGGGACUAUCUCAGGCUUUUCUUUUUUUAUGGUGUAAUUUGAACUAGCCAGUUGCUAUUAUAUUGUGAGCUUUUGGGAGUAAACAUACCCUGUAGUUUAUAUACAAAAAUGAAGCUAUUUACUAAUAAUCCAAUUUAAUCAGGGCAGUCAUGAGGCUAACUCUUGAUUUUACAUCUCUCUCUUUUCUUCUUCGUCUCCAUGAUGUGCCACCAGGAUAACCAGAAAUAAAAGAUUCGUGAUAACAUACUUGAUAAUAUCUUAUAGUGGUGCUGUAACAAAUAAAUUUCUAGAUCUGCUUUUUUAACAAAAUCUAGACAUGGUGCUUUUACUAUUAAAUGUCUACCCUUCUGUAUUUAGUCUGAAAAUAUAAUUCAGAAACGAAGAAAUAGUUGAUUUAUAUAGCUUGUCCCAGCUUUCUCCAAAUAAUUUGUUGAAUGGUGGUUUAUUGGAGUGGAAGUAAAAACAUAUUAAAGGCACUAGGCUUGGGGAAAACUGGUUUAUUCUUUGUCACCUAUGAUUCUGAAGUUCAGAAUGUGGAAUUUAUUUCAGUUAUUCACAUAGUCCAUUUGCGUGAUAGUAGACCUUCACACUGGUCUAAGCUUCAAGGCAACCAUCAUCCACAGCACUCCCAUGGUAGACCUCCUGCAUUUCAUCCAUCCAAAUGGGCAAUUACCCAUAUUUUCAUCUAGUAGUACAAGUACAUUUUAGGCACAGUGAAGACAAAAACAGCCCGUUUGAAUGCUGCUUGAUGUCUUUCCCUUCUCCGUCUCUAAUAGGUGAUUGAGGCCAUUAUUGGUGAUGCUGAUCAUGUUAAAUGAUAUGUAUGUAUGUCAGACAAGGCUGGUUGCUAGAUAUCUUUUUGUUUGCCCGUCACAUUUCCACUUUUGACAGCUGAAUACACACAAACACAGAGACAAAGUUCAGCUUGCAGAAGCUGUAGAUAUUAGAGAAAUUUUCCUAAGUUACUGAGUAUUAAAAUUUAGAGAUAUUUUACUAAAACCAGGAGUGUGCAAUCCAGCCAAUUUCAUUGAUUGUGGUGAGGGCUGAGAAAGGUUGAUGAUCUAUAAUUUUACAAAGAGGUACCCUACAAAUAUUGUCAAACAUGGCUUUAAAACUUAACUUUAGAUCAGAUCUUCAUAUUUAGUCACAAUACCAUUAGCAAUCUUUAUGCAACAGCUUACUGAGCAACCUGGGUCAUAACAUUUGAGAAUAGUAUGUAAAGAGAAAAACCCAAUCUUUCUAUUUUUAAAACAAACUUUGUAAAAACAAAAAACAAACCCAUAUGCUGCAUUUUUCUUAGUUAAAAGAUUAUGAUUAGUUCAGAUAGAGAAUAUGUAACAAUUGUAAAUAAUAAAAGUAAAUCUAUCAUUUUCUACCAGCAGUUUUCUGCUUCUUGGAUAUACAUUAAUUGGUAUGGUAAUUUUGUGUGCCUUAGAUUUACAUUUUAAGAACUGUAUAUUUUUUGUGAACCUAAAAUUUAUUAAACAUAGCUGUCAUUACAAUAAGUAGGGUGAAAUCAUCCAGCAGCUCAUCUGUACAGUUUUUUCCUAAUUUAAUCAUUCUUUCUAGUAAUUCUGAAUUUGGGGGGGAGGGGGGGGGAGUCCUGGGAUAAUCCUUCACUGUAUGUGGAAAACAUCUACACUUCAUCCUAGUUUGACAAUCUGCUUAUGCUUAUAAUAAGUCCCAUUGAACAUAAUGGGUUGAUUUCUGAAUGAAUGUAUGUAGGAUGGUAUUGUUACCACUUGACAUUUAUAGGGCAUACACUACUAAUAAACUGUUUAGGCUUAAAUUCCUUUUGAUUCCUUUUAUAUAGAUACCACAGCAGAAAAUUCAGAUGGUGGCAAUAGUAGAAAAAAAAAGUUGACUCAAAUUAUGAAGAUUUGGCAUUUUCCCUAAUAGAAGAUCUCUUAAUUACUGGAGUAGUUUAGUGUUUUCCCCUGUAUACCUACAGAAAAUUUACUGCUAUAUUUGCUAGCAGAUACCAGCUCUUAAACAACAGUGCUCAAUAGGGAAAUCACAUAUGUCCACCUAAUCAGACAGUAAGGAAUAUAAUCUAUUACUUGGAAGUCCACUGAUGAGGUUCCAUAGGGUAUAUUUGCAUAGAAUGCAUUAAAAUGGAAAUGCAUGAUUGUUUUUAACAGCUAAUAAAUGUUUCAUUAGAUACAUCAGAUUACCCAAACAUUGAAAACAUACUGCUGAAAUUAAGAAAUAUUGUUAAAGUUUUGUCUGGGUUCAGCCAUAUAUUUUAAUUAUCAUAAAUUUGUAAAAACAAUACAGCUUACAAAAUGGUAGCUGCAUCUAAAAGGUAAUGUUUCUCAUUGUACUAUCUCACUUAAUUGCUGUUUUACAAGCCAACAUCCAUCAAGCAUGCAUGCAGAGUGAGAAUAUACUGUAAAUACAGCUGUAAGUUAUUUAUUGUAGCAUUUCAAAUAUUUAUCAUAGACACUGAUGUGCUUUGUGAAUUAGCUUGUAGCAGCAAAGAUUUAUGAUAACUUUACCUAUGUCGUAAGAGCAAUUCCUUGGGCAGUUACAGUAGCCUGAAGAUCUGUAUGGUUUAAGGUUCAAUCUGGCUGUCUGGAGUUGCCAGGAAAUAAAAUGCAUAGUUUUCAAGAUUUUAUUGAAACAACACUCUAUUGAUGAAAUUGUCUGUAAAGAAUAUACUUGAGGCAUCUAAUGAUUUUGGUCCUGUGUUGAAUGCAGGAGUGUUACUUAAAUUUGACAAAAAACAUUGCAAACAUUCAUUGUGUGGCCCCUUUAAAUGAGAAAUAUCAAAGCAGUUAAUUGUCAGAACACACUAACAUGUCAUUAAAAAUGCUCUAUUAAAAAAACCCAGGAGUUACAGCAACAUCUCUAAAGAAGGUAUUUUCAAACUUUGCAGUGCCAUGUACUCAGAAUCUGCAUUAAAUAAUACAAAUUAACAAAUGGGAACCCUUGAAAAAUGUAGUGAUUGUGACU